AGAGAGCAUUGCGGUCUCCAUGGUAACCGAGGGUCAAUAAACAGAAUGAAGCUGAAACGACUGCAUAUUCGCUACUUUCCUCCAGGCAUUAUCCUGGACUAUGAGAAAGGAGGACAGCUGAGGAGCAAAUCCAUCGACCUGCUGCAUCUAACACCACUUACUGAUGUGGACGAGCUGUUAUCAGAAAUCAAAAGAGUGGAGCCAUUAAUUACAGAGUCACGAACUGAUCAGAUUAGAACGCUGAUAAAACGAUUGCAGGAUAAACUCAGCCAGCCAGACAAGCGCAAGUUCCACCUGUUCAAGGCACUUCAGGCUCACAUCCUUCCCCUCACCAACGUCGCUUUCAAUAAAUCAGGGUCGAGUUUUAUAACCGGCAGCUAUGACAGGACGUGUAAAAUAUGGGACACAGCAUCUGGAGAAGAACUGCACACGCUGGAGGGCCAUCGAAAUGUCGUCUACGCCAUAGCUUUUAAUAAUCCCUACGGGGAUAAGAUUGCCACAGGCUCCUUUGAUAAGACGUGUAAAUUAUGGAGUGCCGAGACAGGAAAGUGUUUCUACACAUUUAGAGGACAUACUGCUGAAAUCGUGUGUGUGACCUUUAACCCUCAGAGCACCUUGGUUGCUACGGGAAGUAUGGACACCACGGCUAAAUUAUGGGAUGUGGAGAGUGGUGUAGCGGUUUCCACCCUGGCAGGACACUCGGCCGAGAUCAUCUCUCUCUCUUUUAACACAAGUGGUAAUCGGUUGGUCACUGGAUCGUUCGAUCACACACUGACGCUGUGGGACGUUCCGUCCGGAAGGAGGAUUCAUACUCUGAUAGGACACAGGGGUGAGAUCAGUAGUGUACACUUUAACUGGAACUGUUCCCUCAUCGUCUCCGCCUCCAUGGACAAAACCUGCAAGGUGUGGGAUGCUGAUAGUGGGCGGUGUUUAGCGACUUUAGCAGGCCAUGAUGACGAGGUGUUGGAUGUUUGCUUUAAUUACACGGGCCACCUCAUCGCUACAGCUUCAGCCGAUGGUACAUCAAGAGUGUUUGAUGCAGAAAGGUAUCAGUGUGUGUGUAAACUGGAAGGUCAUGAAGGAGAAAUAUCUAAGGUGUGUUUUAAUCCACAGGGAACUCGGGUUCUAACGGCGAGCGCUGAUAAAACUGCUCGUGUGUGGUGUGUUCAGUCUGCAUCAUGUCUGCAGGUGUUGGAGGGACACACAGAUGAGAUUUUCUCCUGCGCCUUUAACUAUGACGGGGAUGCCAUCAUUACAGGCAGUAAAGACAACACUUGUCGGAUUUGGCGCUGAGUCUCCACAUGAAGAGGACGAGCUGCAGUAUUAAAGGAUCAGAUUGUCUGAGAAUGUCCCUUCUUCACUAAAUGUAGUUGAUUCGCUUUACUGUAUGUAGCUACUGUAGCUAAUAAUGUAGCAUCAUCUCACCUCUGAUGAUUUUGUGUAAAUAAAUGUUUGUGUAAAA